AUGUUGGCGGAGCAGGAGGCGGGGAGCGACUUCCGGGCGGCGGAGGGGGCCCUGUCAGAUCGGCGAGUGCGCGGACCGAGCCGCGGCGGAGGUAGAGCGGAGGUGGAUACGGAUCGCGGCCGAGCCGAGUCGGAGCAGAUGAACACCGUGCUGUCGCCCGAGGCGGAGCGGGUGCUUCAGUACCUCGUGGAGGUGGAGGGGCUCGCCGAGGAGGUGCUGGCGGACAGACGGCAGAUUGUGGACCUGGAUACCAAAAGGAAUCGGAACCGGGAGGGCCUGAGGGCCCUGCAGAAGGAUCUCAGCCUCUCUGAAGACGUGAUGGUUUGCUUUGGGAACGUGUUUAUCAGGAUGCCUCACCGUGAGACAAAGGAAAUGAUUGAGAAAGAUCAGGAACAUCUGGAUAAAGAAAUAGAGAGGCUCCGGAAACAACUUAAAGUGAAGGUCAAUCGCCUCUUUGAGGCCCAAGGCAAACCAGAGCUGAAGGGUUUUAACCUGAACCCCCUCAACGAGGAUGAGCUUAAAGCUCUCAAGGUCAUCUUGAAAGGAUGA